AUGAGACUGUGCAAUCCGUAUGGAGAUAUUUGCAUUGUAUCAUCGUUCCUUAUAGUGUGACAUUUUUUUCAUUUCGGCAUAAUGAAAGUACAGGAGGAAUUCAAUCAAGUACGGUGAAUAAAAUGUUUGCUAUGUAAAACUAAUAAAAUUAGGAAUGUAUAUAUAUAUUAAUAAUAAAUAAAUUAAAUAAAUUAAUAAUAUAUAAAUUAGGAAUAUAUAUAUAUAUAUAUCGUUUCAUUUUUAUGUAUCUUAAUAUACUUUUAAUAUACUUUUCAGUCAUUAAUCUUAAUUAGAAUGACGAAAUAAUAAUAAAACGGCUAAACAAAAAGUAAAACGCUUGAUAUAAAUAAAAGUACAUCCAAAAGAAGAAUUUGAAUAACAAAAGCGAUUACCAUUUCGUUGGCUCGUUUCCAGUUACGCGAAAGUCGUGGACACGCAAAAGUCUAGCUAACAGGAAACAACAAAAUAAACUAAUCUACUUUCUCAAUAAAAUUAUUCAACCACACACGUUACGAUGCUAAUGAUCCAUUAACGAGCAACUUCACAAGUUUAAAUAAAUUUGCGAAGACACGCCAAGUCUCACACACACACACAGGUCAGUAUAGUUGUUAUUUGACGAAAACGCACGCAUAAGCGUAAUGAAUAUUUGCUCUUUAAAUCUCAGGGGCUGUCAUAUGCCAACCAACAAUUUACGUUCGUUGUUAAACACGAUCCCAAGACAGUUUUCAAAUGUUACUCGAAUUUUUCAAGUUGCUUCUCAAUCGAUGGCGAAUUAUUUACGUAAAUCUGUGACCGUAUCAGAGGAAGAACAUUGGCCGCGCAGUUUGUGAUAAAAAUUACGUAGUUAUCGAAGAAAAUUUUAUUUUUGGGAAAUCUCGAAUAAUACCUCAUUCGUUAUUAUGAUAUACAUACAAACAAUGAAAAGGUAAGAAUAACGAUGACUGUUUAAAGAAGCGAAAUCUCGGUCAGUUAAUGCAAAACUACUGUACUUAUUUACUUACUGUAUUCAAUUAAAAUGUACGUAUAUUGAUACGAGACGAUAAAAUAAAAUAAAAUAUAUAUUGAUAAUAUAUU